AUGUCUUCAACGCGGGCCCUGCAGACGGCCGUUCUGUUUCGCCUUCCUCCAGAAGUUCUAUCGAACAUAUUGCCCGUUCUCGACGGCUCGGCUCUUAUCGCCCUCUCUCAAUCUUGUUCCCUGUUCAAGACCUUGGUCGCCGACGAGUGGAGGAGACGCGUUUACUACAAGACCCGCAUGCACGUCAGUGAUGCUGCGUCGCUUUACAGCAUGCUGGAUGGCAUAGGGGGCGUGGUUUCAGGCUCUACGCCGUUCUCCCUCCUUCAAUCCUCGAACUGCGACUUCAGUUUGCCUCCGUGGGUGACAGGCAGCGAUCUUGAUAUUUACGUCCCGGAUGUCGCCUCGCGAGACACGCUUAUCGCGUAUUUGCACAAGGAAGACGGGUACGGCGAUGUCCCCUUCACAAGCGCAUUCGACGAGCGCUACUGGGAAGACCCAUCCGUCAUAACUUCGAUAACUCGGCUCGCCAGCGACCGCUUCUCCGGCCACGUCGACGUAGUUUGUGCGAGGGGAGGCUCUGCGGUCAUGCCGAUCUUAUCGUUUUGGAGCACAUUGGUCAUGAACUUUGUCACUGGAUCGCGCAUCAUCGUUCUCUAUCCGCGUACAACACUCUCUGGACGAGGAUACACGAACCCGACCUCUCAUUCGGACAAACUACAAGCUUGCACUCAGAAGUACCAAGACCGCGGCUUUGCCGUAGGGCGAUUUCCGCAUACUGCUGACGAGUGCCAUGAUCCCGACAAUUACUGUCCUUCAAAGUUGCGUUACACGGAGGAUUGUCAGACGUUAUCCAUUACGUGGAAGAGCGACGCCUCUCAGCCCCGGACGGUCGCUCGGGCUCCGUCUUUCGGACGCCGUCGGUUCAGCGUGCCCCCUGCGUUCUGGACUUGGAGUGCAUGCCGGGCUCAGUCCGACUUUUUCUUUCCGAACUCCGUUAUUCGCCUGCUGUGA